AUGCAACAACCAUCAAUAUCUACGUUAGGCAAUGCCACACUUGUGGCCAUUCCACUUUGGUUCCCCGCAACUCCCUACCGUUUGGUCGUCCCGAAACCCACAGACAAGAGCGUCCACGUGGCAUCCAACCGCGACGAUUAUGCCGCGGCUGUACGAUACAUGCGGAGAAAACGGCAUCGGAGUAUCGAAACUGUCGUUGACGGGGCGCCAUCUUGGCGCGUAUCAACCAACCUCCCCCACCACUGCUCGACAACACUUCGGCAUUUCUGCAUUUGCCCACUCACGCGGAUGACAUCCGCGACCACUGUCAGCCAUGCUUCCUACAACCAACUCGGCAACAGUCCGUCGCUCUUCACGGACGAAGACAUGUGGACCAUCGACACCAUCCUCGGCUCGGAUGACCUCUUGACGCUGGACGACGACAUCCAGAAAGACUUGGACUUUUUGACGUCUGCAUCCACCAUCUCUGCGCAUCCGCUGACCAUUCUCACCACUCCGGACGCGCUCAUGAACCAGGCCUUCGCCUCGGAAUCGGAGGCGUGCUUCUCGCCGCAACCUCGCCCGCGUCCUCGCCAUUCCUUGGACAUGAUGACGCUGGAAACGUUGCCCCUGGACGUGCUCACAUUUGUGGACCAUCCCAGCAAACGCAAGAGCUUUGCAGGGUUGACAGUGGUGCCAAUGAUGAAAUCGAUGCCGAGCCUGCCUGUGCAGCCGCAGCAGAUGCUCAACAACCAGAGUCCAUUGAGUCCCAUAAAAUCUCCAAAGAAAUGCAAGCAGUGCAUGGCCACAGGAUGCACUCGUCGUGCGCAAUCCAACAACCGAUGCAAGUCCCAUGGCGGGGGUGCGCGCUGCACGGUCGCGGGUUGUGGCAAGAGUUCGCAAGGUGGCGGUCUCUGCCGCGCACAUGGAGGUGGGAAGAAGUGCAAGUUCCCUGGAUGCACCAAAGGCACCCAACGUCUUGGCUUGUGCUAUCUCCAUGGUGGUAUCCGCCGCUGCACAUUCAACGGCUGUGUCAAGAAAGAUCGCGGCAAUGGAUUCUGCAUCAGUCAUGGCGGCGGCAAGAAGUGCUCAGCUCCCAAGUGCACAAUGCCAGUGACCAAGGGCACGACAUGCAUGAAGCACGCACCGCCGCCGCCGCCCGUCGUGAAGAUGGAGCCGAUGCCCUCGUUCAUGGGUCGGGCCAUCGCAAUGAUGUCCCCUGUACUCUAUUGUAACCGACACAAUCCUCUCGGAAACGGCAGUGGUUCAUGCAUGGCGAUGCAUCUACUCGAGAGUGCCUACCGCAUCGAAGAACUUCUGAGCGACGACGACAGCGACAGCGAUGCAGAGGACAAGCGAACUGCCAUCACAAGGGCCAGGCAUAUGGGCAGCGGCAUUUCGAAUGCUGGCAACCGACACAAGCAAGACAAGAAAGCAUCCAUCGUGAUGGCGCCCCCAUCGUAACUUCGACAUCCUCAUUCUCUUCAAAGGCAUGACAGCUCGCUCAUGUAGGUCCAAAGCAGCUGUGGACAAAGUGUUCUUCGCCGACGUCAAGCCCUUCGUUCUGGAUGGGGGCGACUUAGAACAUCUUCCACAGACGUCCGACGACCGAUCCAAGCACGUCCACGCCCAAAUCUUUGGUCGCAACAACAACGCCAAGCCGUCGCCCCCGCCGCCGCUUCCGGCCGUGACGCUCCUUCUCCCGCCCGUGUCCCCCGUCGUGCUCUCCGCGAGGUCCUCUGCCAACGCAACCGCGCGCCGGCAGCACCCGCAACCGUCGUGGGAAGUGCCGGAACCCCUCACCACCACAGGUACAUCCCACCAAGUAAUUGAACAAGCGAUGGUGACAUGUUGUCCAUUAUUAGCAGACGAAGUGACCACGAUUGAAGCCUUCAAUUGAUUGAUUUGCUUCGUUUUAGAGCAAGUGCAACCUUGCUUUAUAUAAUAAAACGUUCAAUCGUUAAAGCUGCUAC